AUGUGGAAGUCUCCGCUAAAACCAGGCAAACGCGGGUCCUUGCUCAGUGACACCCUUGGGAUGAGUUUCUUGAGUCGCGCAUGGCCGUGGAUACCGUGGAGGCGAAGUAGCAUGAGAAUUUUUUUGGAUCCAAGCUGGGACUUGCUCCACUCAAGACACAAGGACCUUACCUGGUGA